AUUGAUUAUUAUAAAUGUUUUUAUAUGUAAAACAUCACCUUCUCAUAGAUGAAUGUAAAAAACUGUUGUAUUUACUACACUUAUGAGGUUAAUUUCAGUGAUAUAGUAUGAAAGGCUAAAAUACAUUUAUCGUACAAUUUAUAGUUAUUUAUUUAAAAAAUUAUUCUGUGCAAAUAAUAAAUGUAACUUAAUCAAUGAUAUUUAAUUUUAAGUGACUACAUUUACUUUUUUAUACAGCCUAUAUAUAUACACUUUUUCGUCUCUUAUUCCCCCGUUUUAUGUUCCAUGGUACUUGACAAACAUAGUUGUUAGAUUGAUAAUUAUUACAAAUGACCGUGUCAAGUUAUUAAAAUUUAUUGAAAGAGUAAAUAAAUAUUCUACAAAGGUAGCAUGACUUCUGUUAGUGAAGGUAGUUCGUUACCUAAAACGAAAAAACCAUCCGAUAGUGCAUUCAAACAGCAGCGUUUACCUGCUUGGCAACCAAUACUUACUGCUGGAACUGUUUUGCCAACAUUUUUUGUAAUUGGAAUUGCUUUUAUACCAGUUGGAGUUGGAUUACUUUAUUUUUCUGAGCAAGUCAAAGAAUAUAUUAUAGAUUAUACAGACUGUAAUGCUACCAACUUUCAUUAUGCAAAUGGAGUGCCUUAUAAAUGUGCAGAAGUUAUAGCAAAAAAUCGUUCAGAACCUUGUUAUUGUGAAAUAAAUUUUAGUUUACCCUGUGAUUUUAAUGGAAAAGUUUACAUGUAUUAUGGUCUGACUAAUUUUUAUCAGAAUCACAGACGGUAUGUAAAAUCACGCGAUGAUAAUCAGUUAUUAGGAAAAUUAAGCGAUAUUGUCUCUGGUGACUGUGAACCAUUUGCCUAUGAUGGUGACAAGCCUAUCGCACCAUGCGGUGCUAUUGCUAAUUCAUUAUUCAGUGACAAACUAGAACUAUUUUCAAUGAAACAUAAUAAGUCUGUACCAUUAUUAAAAACUGGAAUAGCUUGGCCUUCGGAUAAGAAUAUUAAAUUUAGAAAUCCUGAUGGUGAUUUAAGAGAAGCAUUCAAGAACUUUGCAAAACCAAAGAAUUGGACUAAAUACAUUUAUGAUUUAGAUAAAGAAAAUGAAAGUAAUAAUGGUUUCCAAAAUGAAGAUUUAAUUGUUUGGAUGAGAACUGCUGCAUUACCAACUUUUAGAAAGCUUUAUCGUAGGGUUAAUCAUACUGCAAAUGGGUUUACCUUAGGUCUGGUAGAAGGAAACUAUCAACUUACUGUUACAUAUUCAUAUUCUGUGUCUGCUUUUGAGGGCAGGAAAAGAAUGAUCUUAAGUACUACAUCUCUUCUUGGUGGAAAAAAUCCUUUUCUUGGUAUAGCUUAUAUAGUAGUAGGGUGUGUCUGUUUAUUGUUAGGCAUUACACUACUAAUAAUACACAUCAAAUGUUCCAAAAGCAAACUAAUGUAAAGAUGACUGCAACAAAGUAUGCUUAGGGCACCAUAAUUGUUCUUUGCAACAGAGAUGAUCAAUGUGAGUCCAACAACACCGUACCAAGAAUAAUUGCACAGUUAUUAUAUGUAUUGAAGAACAUUGUGGAUAUUCUGCAUUUAAUUUGUAAGUGUUAAUAUAAUGUACUUUAUUUUAACUUCUAUAAUAUAUGUGUAGGCAAAAUUGGUAAUAAAAUAGAUAAUUAGAUAAAAUUGUUUUAUCUUCAAAAAUUUAUUUAAUGAUACAAAUUUUAUGUUUUUUUAAAUAGAUAUUUCAGUACAGGUUUUGAGGCACUUGUAUAUUGAGUAUUAUGAUGCCAGGAGCAUUAUCUUAUUUCUUAUUGUUAUAUAUUCUUAUAUAAAAAAGAAGCUAGUGUGUAAUUAUAUACUAUUCAUGCAGAAUAAAAAAUAUAUAAUUA